AUGUCUUGUGAAGUUGAUAAAAUACCUGCUCGUUUACUAAAGGAGACUGCUGAUGCAUCUGCAGUUCCUCUGAAUAUGCUCUUCAAUCUACCAUUAAACAGGGACGCCUGCCUUAAUUAUGGAAAUCAGCUAACAUCACACCUAUUAAUAAGGAUGGUGACCGGGAGCCAGUGGAAAAUUGUAGAGGACAGAGAAGUUGAUGUAGUAUUUGUAGACUUUUCAUGACGUUUUUGUCAUGAUGUCUUCUUAGCCAAGCUUUGCAAAUAUGGUGUCGGUAGAGACUUGGUCAAUUGGUGUAGAGAUUAUCUAACAGAGGCUCAACGGCGUGAAGUAGUGAAAGGAGAGGCUUCUGAUGGGCUAACCGUGACCUCUGAUGUUCCACGAGGUUCCUUAUUGGGCUGUUUAAAAGGACUUGUAGGGACUUAAAUGACAUUGGUUCUAUGAAAACACUUCACUAUUAUACUCUUGUGAGACCUUUACUAGAAUAUUCAUGCAAAACUUGACACCCACAUACUAAAUGCAACAUUGAUAAAUUAGAGGCUGUCCAUAGAAGAGCCACCAGAUGUGUCACUAAGUCUGAUGAUCACUAUGAUACUAGAUUAUCUAAGUUAAAAUUGCUGUCAUUAUCCAGAAGGAGGUUCAUAAGAGAUGUUACAGUUUUGUUUUAUGUAAUUAAUGGACAUAAUGAUAUAGAUAUCUCAAACAAGCUCCUAUUUUGUAAGGACAGAAAUAUAAAAUAUAACUUGAAGGAAAAUGACACGCAGGACCUUGUUCCAAAUUUUAGAUGA